GUAUGUCAAUGAGUGAAUAGAGUAAAACAGAAAAUAGGAUAUUUGUGACUGGAUAUUCAACUAAAGAUAAAAAUGAAGAAGAUAUCAAAAGUCUUUUUUCUAAGUAUGGGGAUAUCAUUGAAUUCUCUUGGAAGGGUCGUUUUUGUUUCAUAGUAAAAUUAGCGUCUAUUUUAUUAGGCUUAUUCAAAAGCAGAAGAAGCUACAGAAGCUGUGAAUCAAAUGAAUCAAAAAGAUUAAGAUGGAAAUACUUUCGUUGUUGAGAUAGCCAGAGCCAAGAAAAAAGAUGGGGAAUGCUAUAAAUGUGGAAGAAUAGGCCAUUUGUAAAUAUUUAGAUGAAAAUUAAUUAGUGCUCGAAAUUGUAGAUAAAAAGGAAGAUCAUCAAGUUCAAGUUCAAGGUAUAAUUAGUUAUAUCUAGACGUCAUAAAAGAAAGGUUAAGAGACACAGAAAAAGAAGUCCAUCCAGUUCCUCCAGUUCUUCUUCAUCUUCAUCAUCAAGAGAUAGAAAGAAGAGAUAAAAAAAACCAAAAAAAGGAAAAGAAUCUUCAUCAUCAAGUGAUUGAU